AUUAAGUUAAUUAAAUAUAAAUGUUAAUUAAUUUAUGUGCAGCAUGGCUUAAUAACUGCGUCGGUUAUAGUAAUCAUCGAUACUUCUUCCUUUACAUGGCCUAUACUACGAUUGGGUGUUUAUUCCUAAUCGUAUUUGGUUUUGAAAUAGGCUAUAACUAUUUAUGGUUAGAACAUGGUGACAAUUGGAUAGAAACAGAACCGCUAAUAGGGCAACCUGUUAAAUUUAAUUUAAGUGGACAUAUUAUUCCGGUGACGCAUGGUAAUGAAUAUGAUGAUGAAAUAUUAUUACCAGCUGAACAUAAUUUGCCAACACCAACAUUUAAUGAAUUAUCCGUAACACCAGAGAAACGUCGUGCUUUAAUGUUUAUGGCAUUUGUUAAUGUGGCUGUAGUUUUGGCUUUGGGUACACUCUGCAUUUGGCAUGCGAGGCUGAUCACACGUGGCGAAACUAGCAUAGAGGCAAAUAUUAAUGAUUCAGAACGUAAACGCUUAUCAGGUCAUAAUAGAUGUUAUGUUAAUCCAUAUGACUUCGGUCCGAAAAAGAAUUGGAAAAUGUUUCUUGGUUUAGUUAGAGGACGAACCUUUUGGCGUACUGUUAUAUUACCAUCCUGGCAUAAGCCAGAAGGCAAUGGUUUAAGUUUCUAUACCGUACACGAUGAAUGGCCAUAACAAUUAAUAUCAGUAUAGUGUCAAAGCACUAUACGAGCAUAAAACCGCAAAGUGGCAUUGUAUUGUAUUGAAUUUAAUUUAAAAUAUUUAGUAAAAUUAGCUUAUAACUUCAUUCCUUAAUUUAUGAAUUCAU